CCUGACAUUAUAUCCUAUCCAUUGAAAGAUCAAAAUGUCACUCAUAAGUACCCAAAACCCAAAUACUCACCACAAAGCCAGCAAGCAACUCUUUCUACCGUCUUUCCCCACUCCCACCAGUGACUGUGGAGGAAGGCACAAGUGAUGGCUUUCUUUACCUCAACACCCACAGUCUAUUUUGGCUCUUUCAGCCCUCCCAAUGAAAUUUCCCUUCCUUCCUCGGCCUUUAAUCCCCUCAAACUCCCUCCCUAUUGGCCAUGGGAAAAGGUGAAGAUAGGCCCACUAAGUGUGUCUCCAAUGGGGUUUGGAACGUGGGCAUGGGGCAACCAGCUUCUAUGGGGGUACCAGGAAUCAAUGGACUCUGAGCUUCAACAAACUUUUAAUCUAGCUGUGGAGAACGGUAUCUAUCUCUUUGAUACAGCUGAUUCUUAUGGGACUGGAAAGUUUAAUGGGCAGAGCGAAAAGCUUCUCGGGAAAUUCAUCCGGGAGUUUCAAGGGAAAAAGCGGGUGCAAGAUGACAUUGUGAUUGCUACAAAGUUUGCGGCAUAUCCAUGGCGCUUGACACCAAGGCAGUUUGUGAAUGCUUGCAAGGCCUCUCUAGAUCGGAUGCAGAUUGAGCAAAUUGGAAUAGGACAGUUGCACUGGUCAACUGCAAAUUAUGCUCCCUUGCAGGAGUUAGCUCUUUGGGAUGGUUUAGUGGCAAUGUACGAGAAGGGUUUAGUUCAAGCAGUUGGGGUGAGCAACUAUGGACCAAAGCAGCUCGUAAAGAUAUAUGAUUAUCUGAAGGCCCGGGGAGUCCCCUUAUGCUCAGCCCAGGUUCAAUUUUCUUUGUUAAGCAUGGGACAAGAUCAGUUGGAGAUCAAGAAUAUAUGUGAUUCUCUGGGCAUCCGGUUGAUUGCUUAUAGUCCGUUAGGGCUUGGAAUGCUUACUGGGAAAUACACACCCACCAAACUUCCUCCUGGUCCUCGGGCCUUGCUUUUCAGACAAAUUCUUCCAGGAUUGGAGCCUUUGUUGAGUUCACUUAGAGAAAUUGCACAAAGGAGGCGCAAAACUGUACCACAAGUUGCUAUAAACUGGUGCAUUUGUAUGGGUGCCAUUCCAAUACCUGGAGUUAAGACCGUAAAACAAGCAAAGGAAAAUUUGGGUGCUCUUGGUUGGCGACUCAGUUCCAGCGAGUUGCUAGAGUUAGAAAAUGCAGGUCGUGAAUCUCCCCAGAGGAUGAUCCAGAACAUUUUUCAGACAAGAUGAAUUUUGGAUAUACAAGAAAAGAGUGGUCCUGCUGAGAAGAUAUGAAUACGAAGGAGACACAGAAGACAAACGUUGGCAGAGAUUAUCGUAAGAUGUUUGUAUGUGUGAAAAACUAGGAAAGUUCUAUAUUGACUAUAUAUACACAAUGUAGAGGACGCAGCCCAUGUUAUCACAUUGUGAGCAUUAAAAUUUGCAACUACAA